AUGGCAACGGAAAGGUAUUCAUUAGCAGAGGUGCUAGCCGUCGCUAAGACGCACCCUUUCUACAACCCGGACACUGUAUACCCUGCCGAUGCAGAAACAAUCCGGAAUCUUCGGAAGACGGUCACUGACCAAGAGGCGAAGGCUAAAUUCCAAGAGCAGCCACUUCUUGAAAAGAAAACACUGUACAAGGCCAUUGAACGACUCUCACAUGAUGUGGACCCGCGCAACACCUACCGACAAAGUUCCUACGUGAGCAUUACUGGCGGUGGUUCUGGCGGGGUGCCGAUGAUGUUCGCCGUGGAUGUGCACGAGAACCGUCGACAGAGAGCGCAAUUUGGGGAAUUUCUCAAAUUGUGCGGUGUCAUUCAGCCUGGAGAUUGGGUCCUAUCCACUCAUGUAGCGGGAGGGUUUUACAGGUCCCUCGAUCUCACGACGGAAAUCACAGAAAACGCCGGAGCCACCGUUCUCAGCGCCGGAAGCUACAUGUCACCUACGGAUGUUGCUAAAUCCCUAGCCGACUAUCACGUCAACAUCCUAACCGGUGAUGGAAGCCAGGUCGUCCAAGUCGUCUACCACAUCUCCCUCAUGGCGCCGGAGGAUCGCAAUCGCAUCGCCCUCGACAAAAUCAUCUACACCUCCGAGCCCUUAACCGGUCCGCAGCGAGCGUUCAUCAAGGCGGUUCUGGGCGACGUCAAGAUAAUUUCCCUCAUGGGAAGUGCCGAGGCAGGCCCCUGGGCAAUCAGCAGCCCCGAUCUGACCGGGGAGCAGAGCCUGACUAAUAAUAGCACGGACUUCGUCUUCGACACGCGCAACAUCCUGAUCGAGAUCGUCUCUCCCUCUGCCGUCGACGGCGUAUCUUCGCCUGAUCCAAUCCUGCUUCCAGAAGGAGAACAAGGUCUCAUCGUGCAGACAUCUCUCCAACGACUGCGAAACCCGCUGGUACGCUACAUCACUGGUGAUAUCGGCACCCUACACCCCCUCCCGAGCGCAGCCUGUGCUGUAAUCCCCGAGGCGGAUCGGGACUAUAUACGUGUGUUGCGCAUGCGCGGCCGCGAUAAUCGCUUCAGCUUCAAUUGGUUUUCCUCUUAUUUCGAAUUUGAGAAGAUCGAUGCCCUCAUGCGGGCGGACGACUGUGGCAUUCUGCAGUGGCAGCUCAUUAUGGAUCGAUUGGAGAGUACGCCGCAGGCGACGCUAGAGAUCCGGCUGCUGAGGUCGCCGCCUCGAGACGGUAUUUUAUCGGAUGAUGCUCUUAUCAACCGCUUCAAGGCUUUCUUUGUUAUAGGUUCGGAUAAUGAGGAACUCUUCCGAAUCGUGUUUCUGGAUAAUCUUGGAGGAUUCGAGCGGAGUGCUACUGCGGCGAAGAUUAUUAAAUUUGUGAAUCGAUGGGAUUGA